AUGACCGAACUUCACUUGAGAAACCCUUUGGAAUGGAAGACCUUUAAGCUAAUAUCUAUUUAUGUAACAGCUAGUACAGCUACACCGAGCGACCAUUGCAACGAAUUUACAGUAACAGUCGAUGAGAUUGUUAAUGUUGAUCAAAUAAGUACAUUCGAUCGUGAUAGUUUCGGCAUAUUGAACAACCUUACAAAGCAAUGCAGAUUUCUAAACAUAGCCGUCGAAUUAGAUUUAUAUAGAGAUGAAACAUCAAAGUAUUACAUAGAUGUGUAUAGGGAUGAUUUGCACAAAAUUAACGUCAAGUACCCAAUAGAUGACUAUGUAAAUGAAGAAGUUAAUUUAACACCAGAUUAUACUGAAUUAUUUCAAAAUCCACGUGAAAGACCAACUAUUCCUGAAUAUGACACACUAAAACCUUACGAGCAUGAAACUACGUCAAAUUAUCCACAAUAUACAACGAUUUUUGAAGCAACUACUGAAAUAUCCACAACAGAUAUAAGUUAUGUCCUUACAAAUGAUAAUGUUAAUAAAUCAGAUGCUAAGAAAUUAAAGAAUGAAAAAAACAAGGAAGAUAGUGGCAUGACUGCGGUUAUUGUAGUCGCUUCUGUGGCGGCCGUCGCGUCAGCUGCAAUUAUCUCAUAUUAUGUAGCUCAUAUGAUAAAAACUAUGUUACAAUCUGGGAGUUAUCGUUUUCCAGAACCCGCCGCUUAAUUAUACUUAAUGUGGCUUAUGUGAAUGACAAACGAAAACAAUGGAUAUUAUACUAUUGUUAAAGGAUUGGAUAUAUAUUGGGAAAGGUGUACAAAUUAUGCUAUAAUGAUAUGCCUUAGUACAUAAGCUUACCAGUUUGUAAUCCAUGUAUCAAGUUAUGUUUAUGUUUGUUUUUAAAUAAAUAAACUUAUUUUU